AAGGCGGGGGAGCUGGGUUUUGGGGGAGAAUCAGAAAGCGGAGGGUAGCCGUGGGGGCCGGGCUCUCCGGUGCGGCGGCCUUGGCGGGUGCUUCAGCUGCCGUCCGCUCCGCUGAAGCGCGGAGCAGGGGCCCGCCGCCCUCCUCCUCCAUGAGGCCCCAGUGAGCUCGGCGGCGAGAGCCGGCCUGCGACGCCUCUCCCGGCGUCCUCUUCCGAGCGCAGCGGCGGUGGCCCCCGCAGGAGGAGGAGGAGGAGCAUGUCGGACGGUUUCGAUCGGGCCCCAGGUGCUGGUCGGGGCCGGAGCCGGGGCCUGGGCCUGGGCCGCGGAGGGGGCGGGCCUGAGGGCGGCGGUUUCCCGAACGGAGCUGGGCCUACUGAGCGGCCGCGGCACCCGCCGCCGCCGCAGCCCAAAGCCCCGGGCUUCCUGCAGCCGCCGCCGCUGCGCCAGCCCAGGACGGCCCCGCCGCCAGGGGCCCAGUGCGAGGUCCCCGCCGGCCCCCAGAGGCCUCCCCGGCCCGGGGCGCUCCCAGAACAAACGAGGCCCCCGAGAGCUCCACCUAGUUCGCAGGAUAAUAGCCCACAGCAGAAUUCGGAGUCAACAAUGGCUAAACCCCAGGUGGUUGCAGCUCCUGUGUUAAUGUCUAAGCUGUCUGUGAACGCCCCUGAAUUUUACCCAUCAAGUUAUUCUUCUAAUUAUACAGAAUCCUAUGAGGAUGGUUGUGAGGAUUAUCCCACUUUGUCAGAAUAUGUUCAGGAUUUUUUGAAUCAUCUUACAGAGCAGCCUGGCAGUUUUGAAACUGAAAUUGAACAGUUUGCAGAGACACUGAAUGGCUGGGUUACAACAGAUGAUGCUUUGCAAGAACUUGUGGAACUCAUCUAUCAACAGGCCACAUCUAUCCCAAAUUUCUCUUACAUGGGAGCUCGCCUCUGUAAUUACCUGUCCCAUCAUCUGACAAUUAGCCCACAGAGUGGCAACUUCCGCCAAUUGCUACUUCAAAGAUGUCGGACUGAAUAUGAAGUUAAAGAUCAAGCUGCAAAAGGGGAUGAAGUGACUCGAAAACGAUUCCAUGCAUUUGUACUCUUUCUGGGAGAACUUUAUCUUAACCUGGAGAUCAAAGGAACAAAUGGACAGGUUACAAGGGCAGACAUUCUUCAGGUCGGUCUUCGGGAGUUGCUGAAUGCCCUCUUUUCUAAUCCUAUGGAUGACAACUUAAUUUGUGCAGUAAAAUUACUGAAGUUGACAGGGUCAGUUUUAGAAGAUGCCUGGAAGGAAAAAGGAAAGACUGACAUGGAAGAAAUUAUUCAGAGAAUUGAAAAUGUUGUCCUAGACGCAAAUUGCAGCAGAGAUGUAAAACAGAUGCUCUUGAAGCUUGUAGAACUCCGGUCAAGUAACUGGGGUAGAGUCCAUGCAACUUCAACAUACAGGGAAGCAACACCUGAAAAUGAUCCUAAUUAUUUUAUGAAUGAGCCAACGUUUUAUACAUCUGAUGGUGUUCCUUUCACUGCGGCUGAUCCAGAUUACCAAGAGAAAUAUCAAGAGUUACUUGAAAGAGAAGACUUUUUUCCAGAUUAUGAAGAAAAUGGAACAGAUUUAUCAGGGGGUGGUGAUCCAUACUUGGAUGAUAUUGAUGAUGAGAUGGACCCAGAGAUAGAAGAAGCUUAUGAAAAGUUUUGUUUGGAAUCAGAGCGUAAGCGAAAACAGUAAAAUUGAGUUUCAGCAUAUCAAUUUUAUAAAGCAGUUUAGGUUAUGGUGAUUUAGCAGAACACAGGAAAGCAAGAAAAUGUGUCACACUUAUACCAAAUUAAGGAUGUUGAGUUAUGUUACUAAUGUAUGCAACUUUAAUUUUGUUUAACACUCUCUGCCAAAAUAAACUUUAUUCCCUAUAACUUAAAA